CGAGCGUCGAGAGACACUUGCGGGUCGCCGUGCAUGCCAGCGGCAACCGCGCCAGUUUGCCGCGCCGCACCUCGCGGGCUGUUUCAUGCAGGCAGUACGUCAGCGAUAGGGCGGUUAUUCUUGAAGAGUGAAGUGAAAUGGCUACUCAAGAUGAAGUUGGGAUCGGAGAUUUCGUCCUUUUGGAUGAAAUUACAAUUGAAAAAUUUAUGGAAAACUUGAAAAGGAGGUUUCAAGGUGGAAAGAUAUACACUUACAUUGGAGAAGUAUGCGUUUCUGUAAAUCCCUAUCGAACAAUGAACAUAUAUGGUCCCCAGCAAAUUUCUCAAUACAAAGGUAGGGAAAUCUUUGAAAACCCACCACAUAUAUUUGCAAUUGCUGAUGCUGCACACAGAGAAAUGAAACAGCAAGGUCGUGAUACAUGUAUUGUUAUUAGUGGUGAGUCAGGCAGUGGGAAAACUGAAGCCUCAAAAAUAAUCAUGAAGUACAUUGCUGCUGUGACAAAUGUUGGGGGCCAACAAGAAAUAGAACGAGUGAAAAAUGUUCUUCUUCAAUCCAAUUCAAUUUUGGAAGCAUUUGGCAAUGCAAAAACCAAUCGUAAUGAUAAUUCCUCCCGAUUUGGGAAGUAUAUGGACAUUAAUUUUGAUUUCAAAGGAGAUCCAAUUGGAGGCCACAUAAAUAAUUAUUUACUAGAAAAAUCAAGAGUUAUCCUUCAGCAACCAGGCGAAAGAAAUUUUCAUAGUUUUUACCAACUGCUUUGUGGUGCAAGUGACUCUGAACUUCGUACUUACCUGCUUUCACGGGAUCCAAGCACAUUCCAUUAUACUUGCCAGGGCAAUGUUUCGAAAGUUGAAGCAAUCAGUGAUCGAUCGGACUACAAAAGUGUAGUUGCAGCUUUCAAAACUCUGGGAUUUGCUCAAGAAGAGACUGAAACAAUUUGGAAGAUUGUUGCUGCUAUUUUACAUCUUGGAAAUAUCCAAUUUUCAUCAAGUGGAGAUGAUUCCAAGCCAGCAAUGGAAGGAGUGCAUAAAGCAGCAGCUCUGUUGGCAGUUACACCACAAGACUUGUCUAAAGCCCUCAGUGAGAGAGUUAUUGCUGCACGAGGAGAAGUUAUGCAGAAGACACACACUGUAUCAGAAGCAGAAUAUGGCAGAGAUGCUCUGGCAAAAGCAGUUUAUGAUCGCCUUUUUACUUGGAUUGUUGGUAAAGUAAAUAAAGCUCUGGAUCCAGCCAGCAAGUCUGAUAGAAAGUUCAAGACUGGAACAGUCAUAGGUGUGCUGGAUAUAUAUGGUUUUGAAAUAUUUGACAACAAUAACUUUGAACAAUUUUGCAUUAACUACUGCAAUGAGAAGUUGCAACAACUAUUCAUAGAACUGGUUUUAAAACAAGAACAAGAAGAGUACAUGCGAGAAGGUAUUGAAUGGCAAAACAUAGAGUACUUUAACAACCAAAUUAUCUGUGACUUAGUUGAGCAGCCUCAUAAAGGCAUUAUUGCUAUACUGGAUGAAGCGUGUUUGAAUGUUGGCAAGGUGACUGAUGAGAUGGUUUUAGAGGCAAUGGAUAAAAAAUUAACGAACCACAAACAUUUCACUAGUCGUCAACUAUCCCCCAUGGACAAAGCUCUGCGGCAUAAAGAAGAAUUUCGAAUUCGGCAUUACGCUGGAGAUGUGGUGUAUACUAUUAUUGGAUUUCUUGACAAAAAUAAGGAUUUAUUGUUCCAAGACUUCAAACGCUUGUUGUUCAAUAGUGGAAACAAGGUCAUUAGUUCCAUGUGGCCAGAAGGUGCUGUUGAUAUUACUAAGACCACAAAGCGUCCCCUCACAGCUGGCACAUUAUUCAAAAAUUCCAUUAUUGAACUUGUGAAAAUAUUGAAGAGUAAAGAACCAUAUUAUGUGAGAUGCAUCAAACCCAAUGAAGAGAAGUCUCCUGUGUUAUUUGGUGAUGAAAGAGUGCGUCACCAGGUGUGCUACUUGGGACUCUUGGAAAAUGUAAGAGUGCGACGUGCUGGUUUUGCUCAUCGUCAACGUUAUGAUAAAUUUCUGAAGAGGUACAAAAUGAUUUCCCAAUUUACAUGGCCCAACUUCCAUGCAGGAUCAGAUAAGGAUGGAACAAGAGUACUUAUAGAUGAACUUCGGUUCUCAAGUGAUGUCCGUUAUGGUCACACAAAAAUAUUUAUUCGUUCACCAAGAACUCUAUUUGCAUUAGAGAAGGCACGCAAUGAGAUAAUACCUGGUAUUGUAGUGCUGCUACAGAAACAAUGGAGAGGAGCAAUUUGCCGAAUGCAUUACCGGAAAAUGAAAGCUGCCUUAAAAAUAAUGCAAUAUUAUAGACGGUACAAAGUUCGGGCAUAUAUUGCACAAUUACAAGUUUUAUUCAGAAAUGUUCAGACAAUGAGAGAUUAUGGCAAGAGUGUACGAUGGCCAGCACCACCACUGGCUGUGAGACAAGCUGUUGCUUACUUACAAGCAAUUCAUAAUCGCUGGCGUGCUUGGAUGAUUCUGCGAUCUGUGCCUCGAGCAGAAUGGUCACAAUUGAAAUUGAAGAUCACGGCUGCCUCUGCCUUGAGAGGCAAAAGAUCUUGGUGGGGUCAGGCACGCAAGUGGGAAGGUGAUUACUUAUCUCAAACAAGAGAGAAUCGAAGCAGUGCAAUGUACAAUGCUAGUGUUAGUAAUCUGAAACAUUCAGAUAAAUUCCAAAAAGUUUUAUUUUCAUCGUUUGUUCUUAAGACAAACAAGUUCAACAAGUGUGCUGAUCGUGCGUUGCUAGUCACAGAUAUCUAUAUUUAUAAGUUGGAUAAUACCAAAUUCAAAUCCAUGAAAAAAGGUUUCCACAUUUCUGAGAUCACAGGGCUGAGCCUUAGCAGUGGGCGUGACCAACUGAUCGUCAUCCAUUCAAGCAAGGGCAAUGAUUUGGUGUUGUCUCUGCAGUGCCCCGAGGGUGAAGAUCGCGUGGGCGAACUUUUGGGAACCAUCUGCGACCGUUUUUAUCAGUUGCGACGCAGUGAGUUGACAGUAUCAGUCAGCAGUAGAUUUCAGUGUAUGCUAGGCAACAAGAGCCUUCCUUUGCGAAUUGAAGUUGUUCAGACUGCUCCAGUUCCCACCUUUCGCCGAGAAGGUGGCACCAUUGUAUAUGUUCUUCCUCCAAGUUAUGCUGCCGCUGAACAAAAUGGACAGCAACAUCGCAAUCCUAUGAAAUUAAAUGUGCCAUUAUCAUUAUAUUUAUUUGUCGAGGUUGGUGCUAUUUGCAUCAAUGUCGCCGUCACUGUUUCAAAGAUGUGUUCAGUAUUACUCCUUGUUUGUUGGAUGUUCUGGUCUGUUGUAAACUGGAACACAUCAGAUUUCAUGAUAAUAAUAUAG